AUGCAAUGCCCCACACGCCCUCAACCCCCACCGCUCAUCCCCCUCUGUCCGCCCCCACCAGCCAUGGGCCAUGGCAGCUCCUGGUCCUGCUUCUUCGCCCCCAUCGCCUCCCCGCUCUGCUCCCAAGAGGUCGCCCUCGCCCUCUCGGCCAAUCAGCUGCCGCCAUGUAUCGCCCCAGCGGAGGGCUACAGGGCGGCGGCGGCAGCAGCGGAGAGGGUGGUGUGUGUGAACACGUCGUCCCUCAACGACCUCAAGUUCGAAGCCUCUGCUGCCGGGCUGUGGGGCGAGGCAUACGCCAAGGACCCUGAUGUGGUGGAACACCGAGGGGAGGUGCAGCUGGAGGGCACCGAGCACAAGAAGGUAGGUGGGAGAGGGAUCAGAGGCGGCUGCACUCCUGGCCGUUGCAGUAACCUCAUGAGAUUUCAGGGGUAUGACACCCACUCCCACUCCUCUCGUCUCAUUGUCUUCCCUUCUUUUUUGCCCGGUGCGCUGCAGCUACACUGGUGGCGGGCGCAGGCGGUGCGCUUCAUGCUGAGGUGGCCAUCAGCCCAUCUCUGCCACGUCAUCAACCAACAGAGACACACCGCCUACGGCAUGCACGUCGCCAAUCGCAUCGCGCGGCAAGCAGAGCUUCACUCACAGCUGCUGCAGUCACUGCCCCCUCUGCCCCCUCCGAAUGACUCAGACGCUCCCAGUGCCGCCGCCGCUGCUGAGGCCAGGGCCAUGGCUGCAGCAGUUGCAGCCGCAGCAGCAGCAAGGUUUGCUGGUGGAAAUUUCUCCACCGAUUCGACUGCCGCUCCUGCUGCUGCUGCUGCAGGUGCUGGAGGUGGUGGAGGUGCGAGUGGGGCAUCGCUUGUGUGUGAGCCGUACAUGGUGCGGCCCAUCAUGAGCGUGCAUGUGAGGCAGAGCGACAAGCAGGUGGAGAUGGGUGUGUGGUCGUUCGCCGCCCACAUGCUGUUUGCCGCCCGCCUGCAGCGCACCCUCGUGGACCUCAAGCACGUGUGGCUCUCCACUGAAAUGCAGGCGAGUCAGCACGACAAGAUCAAGGCACUGCUGCCCAUGUGCUCUUUGCCGUUCCCAUUCUGCCCAGCGAAGCCACCACCCUGCUCCCAUUCCGCCCACCUGCCCACACCACACUGCACCUCCACACGCAUAACACCCUGCCCCUCCCCCACCCUUCCUGCCACCACCCUGCAGUCGGUGAUCAACAAGGCGGCCACACUCACAAAUGCACGGGUCUGUGAACGUUCCUCUGCGCGGCCAACGGGCAACGGGGGUGGGCCAGAGGGCGCCCUGGGCCACCACGCGUACGCCGCGCGCUGCACGCGCCUGUCCUCACCGAUCCCUCUCCGCCCUCCCCUCCCAACCACCCUACAGUCAGUGAUCAACGAGGCGGCCAUGCCGCUCUAUGCGGGGUGGACCUUCCUCUACGCGGCCAACGGGCGCCUGCCAGAGGGCGCGCUGGACCCGCACGCGUACGACACGCUGCAGUCGCCCGCUGCCAGCCUGGCGAGCUUGCUCAUCGCAGCGCAGUGCGACGUGUUCCUCGGGUCGCUGGGGUCCAACUGGAGUCGCCUCAUCAAUGAGCUCAGAGCGACCAAUGGGCGGCUGUAUAACGGGUUUGUGGCCAUGAACCUGGGCGAGUGGUAA